AUGGAUCUAUAUCGUUCUGCUGUGGCUGAUCUCUGGAUUGUGACAUGCCACCCGGCUACCAUUCCUAUCGAUCAGAAUGUCGAAUCGCCAAUGUCGAGUAGUGCACGAGAAAUUCUCCCACUCGCAUUUGGAAGCAAGACUCUAGAUUCUGCUCUUUUUGCCGUCGCUACAAUGUUUAUGGGAAAGCUGAGGAGUGAUAGCAAAUUGCAAGGUCUUGCCUUGGCAGCCUAUCCUCCAGCACUCAGUCGGUUUCGCUCCGAGCUUGCCCUGGGUUUUGGAUCUAAGGCAAACCAGACAAAUAGAACAGUCCGUGCAAUAGCGAUCGCACUAACUUUGCUCUUUUAUGAGUGGCUGGCCAAUGGUUCGAAGGGAGAGGGAUAUCGUUUUCACCUCAAUGGGGCCCUUGAUCUUAUCAAGAAUUCAGGCCCGGAAGCCUUGGAAUCUUCCAUUACGAAGGCGGCUUACACAGAUCUUCGGUGCGGGGCUUUAGGCGAAGCAUUAAAAAGUCGGAAAGCGACAUUUCUUGCUUCAGACCAGUGGUUCACUAUUACCAACAAGUUAUCGAUAAAAAACCAUCGGCAACUGUUAUUAGACAUUGUUGCUCAUAUACCCGGUCUCCUUGAGCGCGGCGACCAGCUAAAACUUCUUGCGCUCAAUCUCUUCAAAUUAUCGACUACUUUGGAGAUUGCGAUUCAAUAA